AUGGCAGCCCUUGUUAAGUCGGUAAAUGCCUACAUCAGGCGGGACAAGUACCUCAACUACUUCUGCUCAACACAUUUCUGGGGCCCGGCGUCGAACUUUGGUAUUCCCAUCGCGGCUGUCAUGGACACCCAGAAGAGCCCUGAUUUGAUCUCUCCUGUCAUGACCGGCUCCCUUAUCAUCUACGCCGGCACCUUCAUGCGUUACUCGCUUGCCGUCACACCCAAGAACUACCUCCUCUUUGCGUGCCACUUCGUCAACGCAGGCGCCCAGCUCACUCAGGGAUACCGCUACAUCAACUGGAAUUACUGGGGAGGCAGGGAACGCGCAGCGCUGGCGAGCCCCGUCUCGGCAGCUGUUGAGGCGGUCCAGGGCAAGCCCAUCCCGGUGCCGGAGAGCAAAUAA